CCAAGGUAGGACUUGUAUCAGCAAGGGCACAAUGGAGUCCCCUCGAGGAACCAAGCCCGGCUCGGAAGUAGACUUGUCGAGUUUCAACACGCGCGACGCCGCGCAGCGCCACUGCGCCACGCCCGCGGGUUUCCGCGUUCCCCGCACCGGCCGCACCAUUGCAGGCACCACCAAACAUGGUCCCGCGCUCCAAAAAGAUGGGGACGGCCUCGCAAGUCGCAACGGAAUUCGUCGCGCCGACCCCGAGCUCCGUCAAUAACACCUCCAAGACCACGCGGAAGGAGACCACGUCGCCCGAAACUACUUAUUGCCAGUACCUGGGCAGUCUCGUCACCAAGCUCGAUCGCGUGGCGCGCAUUCCGAAACUGCUCAUCGAUAGCGCCAAAUCAAUGAGCGAUGUAAUGCUCAAGCCUGGGCCUCGUCAAAAAGUCUUAAUAAUUAGAACAAUAGCUGGCUUCAUCUCAAUGGUUCCACACCUCCUAUGGAUGAGUUUUUUGUUCGCUAGCGUCAUGUACUUUGGUGUGCCAUGGUUGUGGUUGCUGUACUUCGUUGUAGCACAUCACUCGAUAGUAUUUCUAAACAUGCUUAUGUUUCCGCUGCGUCGCUCCAAGCAGCACGCAGAAAAAAUUUUGAUUGUGGGUGGCGGACUCUCUGGCAUCAGAUGUGCGGUGGAAUUACUAGCGAAUGGAUACACGCCAACAAUCGUAGAAAAGACAUCUGCCUACGGCGGCACGUGGAAUGCAAACGAUUAUCCUGGGUGUAAGAGUGACGUUGCAACAUCAUCUUACUUGUUUUCAAAAUGGUUUGUUCAUUUUCGCUUGCGUUGUUGCGCACACAGCUACAGCCUGCGUAGCACUUCAAGAUGGUACGCUCAGGCAUUUGCCAGAUAUGCCGGUCUGGAAAGGCUAACGCGCUUCAACUGCGAAGUACAAAAACUUACUCAGCAGACAGCCGGAGGGUACGACGUUUUGUUGAAAAGUACAUCGUCUGCUUGUGGUUAUCAUGAACAUUACGACUAUGUUAUAUUUGCGAUGGGACCACUCACCAUCCCGAAGAUGAUUAGCUCCGAAUCCCAGCACGUUAUUCACGCAUCGGCGAUGACCGAGGCCCAUAGCCGAUCUCUGAAAGGUAAAAAUGUGUUUAUCGUUGGAGCGGCAUGUUCGGGGACACAGAUGGUUGGUCCCCUCAUGAAACAAUUUGGCGCCAGAUCUGUGACGUUGUGUGCACCCCGGGGCCAGUGGUUUGGGCCCGGUACGUCCAUAGAGAACCCCGUCAAGCCUCUUUUGGACUUUCUCAUGCAAUUUUUGCCCCUGGGCUCGAUCAUACUACGCGCAUGGAGCAAAAAAAAUGGCGCAAAUUUUGCUGAGAGUAUGCAAACUGGCACUGGCCUUGAAAUUCUGUCAAAAUACACGAGAGCUUGCUACCAAAUGACAGGUCUCGAUUCAUUGAUUCCGACACACUCCGUGCAAGGCACCCGUACAAUAAUGGAUUAUGACUUCUUCAACACGGUAUAUCAUAAUCCAGCAUCUGUGAAAUAUGUAAAAGGUCGAGUUGCGAGCGUGAAGGAAGGCAAAAAUGGUGCUACCGUAGAAAUCAAUGGCCAGUCACAUUUCUAUGAUUUUGUCAUUAUGGCUACAGGGUUUGACACAGACCUUUCUCCCCGCUUCGCCUCCAUGGGUCUGGAGGUCGAUAUUUACAAGAACUUCUUUGGUAUUUGCAUUAAGAAUUUGCCGGAUUGUUUUUUCCUAGUCGGACCGAACACCGGCAGCAAAGCACAAUCAAUCACGCUCGCCAUGGAAAUACAAUCGCGUGCCAUAGUAAAGUUACUGAACAAGCAGGCCUCUAUUCCGGACGCUUGGUACGACGAAUUCUCAAAGUGGAUUGUAGAAAAGAGUCCAAUAGAAUUGACUGCAUGCAAAUCAUGGUACACAAAUGGCACCGGUCGGAACUUUUCUUUAUUUCCAGGAAGUUACCAAGAGUACGAACAGAGACUGGAUGCGUACCUUUCUCGUAUCUAGCGACAGGAGCUUUUUCUCGAAUACGCAUGCGGCAGAGCGUAAAGUCCAAGUUCCCAUCAUUACUCGAAGUAUCUUACAAACAGCUAACAUAUGAGUAGUAGUGAGUGAGUAAAUCAAAAAGCGGUGACAAUCACUCAAUCGACCAUGCAUGUACUGGGCCACAUCGUAGCUACAUCUGUAGAAUUGUCAACACAGAGCAUCACGCUGUAAUCCGGGCCAGCUCCGAGCAGGCUAAUCAUGAGUGCGCCACCAUUGCUAAAAAUAAGUUAUGCUCGGUGACGUCCGGCGGCAGCGGCCCAGCCUUGCGACUGGUGUUUUUCCGAAGCUUGCUACUAGGUAAUCGUAGGUAAUCAUACUAAGAAGACUUUGCCCAC